CUCCAAGUUUUGCAAUAUGCAAAACAAUAUGGUUUAAGAUCAGCUGGGCAUCAUUUUACUAUUGAUCCUUCAAUGAUUUCUCGUUGGCAAAAACAAGAGGAAGAACUCGAUUUAGUAAAACAAAAAAAGAGAAGACGAAUUGGUAAUAAUUUAGGAAGAAAAGCAAAAUAUCCUGAGGCUGAAGCUGAAUUAAAGGCAUGGAUUGUUGAAUUUCGGCAAGAUGGAAUUGCUGUAACUCCUAAAAUUGUUAAAACUUACAUGAAAGAACUUUUAGCAAACCAAUUUUCUAAUAUUUAUCCAGGUGCCAGUGAAAAAUUUCUUGCAUCAGAAAAUUGGUUCUAUCGCUUUCUUAGAAGGUAUGAUUUUGCAAUGAGACGUAAAACAAAGAUUGGUCAGAAGCUUCCCACUCACCUUGACAUCAAACUUCUCGAAUUUCAACAAUUUAUUAUAAAAAAACAAAAACAAUUUGAAUACAAACUUUCAGAAAUUGGAAAUAUGGAUGAAACUCCUGUUUAUUUUGAUAUGGUUGGAAAUUUAACAAUUGAUAAACGUGGUGCAAAAACUGUGCAAGUUCGAACAACUGGAAAUGAUAAAAACCGUUUUACAUGUGUCCUUACAAUUCUUGCAGAUGGUACAAAAUUACCACCAAUUGUUAUUUUCAAAGGUAAACGAAUGCCAAAGAAUUUACCUUCUCAAAUCAUUGUACUGAUGCACCCAAAAGGAUGGAUGGAUGAAAUUGGAAUGAAAGCUUGGUUUGAUAAGGUUUGGAAAAGAAGACCCGGAAAUAGAAUUACAAGAAAAAAAGCUUUACUUGUUAUGGAUAGCUUUGAAGGCCACAAGACAGAUUCUAUCAAAAAAAUUGCACAAAAUGAAAACACUGAUUUAGCAAUCAUUCCAGGUG